AUGAAGUCCGAUGAUGAUCAAUUCUUCAGUGGUGCUUCUGCCGAAGGAUUCAAGAUCAGUGCUGCUGGUGAUGAAUAUGGUACAGCUGGUGGAGUUGGCUUCGGAGAUAUGAUUACCGAUGAUGGUCAAUUCGUCAGUGGUAAUUCAGCCGAAGGAUUCAAGAUCAGUGCUGCUGGUGAUGAAUAUGGUACAGCUGGUGGAGUUGGCUUCGGAGAUAUGAUGUCCGAUGAUGGUCAAUUCUAUAGUGGUGCUUCUGCUGAAAUAUUCACUGAGGAUAUAGCUGGUGAUGGAUACGCUACAGCUGGUGGAGUUGGCUUUGGAAAUAUGAUGUCCGAUGAUGGUCAAUUCUUCAAAGGUGCUUCUGCUGAAGGAUUCAAGAUCAGUGCUGCUGGUGAUGAAUAUGGUACAGCUGUUGGAGUUGGCUUCGGAGAUAUGAUGUCCGAUGAUGGUCAAUUUUAUAGUGGUGCUUCUGCUGAAAUAUUCACUGAGGAUGGAGCUGGUGAUGGAUACGCUACAGCUAGUGGAGUUGGCUUUGGAAAUAUGAUGUCUGAUGAUGGUCAAUUCUUCAAAGGUGCUUCUGCUGAAACAUUCGCUAAGGAUGGAGCUGGUGAUGGAUACGCUACAGCUGGUGCAGUUGGCUUCGAAGAUAUGAUGUCCGAUGAUGAUCAAUUCUUCAGUGGUGCUUCUGCCGAAGGAUUCAAGAUCAGUGCUGCUGGUGAUGAAUAUGGUACAGCUGGUGGAGUUGGCUUCGGAGAUAUGAUUACCGAUGAUGGUCAAUUCGUCAGUGGUAAUUCAGCCGAAGGAUUCAAGAUCAGUGCUGCUGGUGAUGAAUAUGGUACAGCUGGUGGAGUUGGCUUCGGAGAUAUGAUAACCGAUGAUGGUCAAUUCGUCAGUGGUAAUUCAGCCGAAGGAUUCAAGAUCAGUGCUGCUGGUGAUGAAUAUGGUACAGCUGGUGGAGUUGGCUUCGGAGAUAUGAUGUCCGAUGAUGGUCAAUUCUAUAGUGGUGCUUCUGCUGAAAUAUUCACUGAGGAUGGAGCUGGUGAUGGAUACGCUACAGCUGGUGGAGUUAGCUUCGAAGAUAUGAAGUCCGAUGAUGAUCAAUUCUUCAGUGGUGCUUCUGCCGAAGGAUUCAAGAUCAGUGCUGCUGGUGAUGAAUAUGGUACAGCUGGUGGAGUUGGCUUCGGAGAUAUGAUAACCGAUGAUGGUCAAUUCGUCAGUGGUAAUUCAGCCGAAGGAUUCAAGAUCAGUGCUGCUGGUGAUGAAUAUGGUACAGCUGGUGGAGUUGGCUUCGGAGAUAUGAUGUCCGAUGAUGGUCAAUUCUUCAGUGGUGCUUCUGCUGAAGGAUUCAAGAGGAUGGAGCUGGUGAUGAAUACGCUACAGCUGGUGGAGUUGGCUUCGGAGAUAUGA